CUGAACAGAUUUAGGAGAGCCUGCAAUCAUGUUAUUCAGAUUCGGCGUCAUUCUCACUCCGGAGUCCGCGGAGGUCGAGCUCUUUGUUUUGGGUUCUCGUGCUGAAAUGGGGAACUGGGACCCGAGCAGGGCGGUCCGGAUGAAAGCCACACAGAAACUCCCGUCACCUGCUGAACCGUGUCUGUGGACCGGCGACGUGCACCUAGCCGAGCCGUACAGAGACACACUGUGGUUCAAGUUCAUCCAAAGAGUCAGGGGCACCUUUAUCUGGGAAGGGAGUGGACCGAGCCAUGACAGAUGGUGUACAUAUGAUGAGAAGAAUGUGGUGGAUGGAGUGUACUGCCACCCGAUUGGCCACUGGAUAGAAGAAGCGGGGCACACAGAUGAGAUGAGACACACCACCAACUUUUACUUCAGUGUGGCUGGUCAGAAGGCCAUACAUUUCUCCAGGGUGCUGCCACGUAUUUGGCUGGGCAGCUGCCCUCGACAGGUCGAACAUGUGACAGUAAAGAUGAAGUAUGAACUGGGCAUCACUGCAGUGAUGAACUUCCAGACAGAGUGGGAUGUGGUGAGCAAUUCCUAUGGCUGCCGGCGUAACCCUGACGAAACCAUGACCCCAGAGACCAUGAUGCAUUUGUACAAAGACUGUGGCCUUGUGUACGUGUGGCUGCCCACACCGGACAUGAGCACUGAGGGGCGGAUCAGGAUGCUUCCUCAGGCUGUAUUCUUGCUUUACGGUCUCCUGGAAAAUGGUCACACUGUCUAUGUUCACUGUAAUGCUGGAGUAGGGAGGUCAACAGCAGCUGUGUGUGGUCUGCUCAUGUAUGUCCUCGGGUGGACCCUGAGGAAAGUGCAGUACUUUGUUACAGCAAGGAGACCGGCAGUGUACAUUGAUGAGGAAGCUUUAGUCCAAGCUCAGGCAGACUUCCUCCAGAAGUUUGGCCGGCUGCGAUCAUCUAUGUCUUAUCCCGAAACAUGAGAUCUGAGUGGCCUCAUGCUUUAAAUCUGAAGCUGAAUCAUCUGGAUUUUU